AUGCUGCGCGUGAACUCCGCCGUAUCAGGUGAAGAGCUGGCCGCUCUUUCCACAGAGGAAGCUUCUGGCAAGUGCGUGAAAUUCCUCAAAGCACUCCUGGCCAAGCAGGUUGGGGUGCCGAGAUUUCGACAAAGAUGGUUCAGCGAAGAUGGCAGUGAGUUGCGGGAUGAUGCCAUCAUGACUCCAUGUACCUGCUGUGCACAAAUCGUAAACUUAGAGUGCUGGCCACCAGCAGACGGACAAAUUCAGGUCUUGAGUGCAGCAUGUGAGGAGAAUCGUCCGGAGGAAGUUGAAGUGCUGCUGCAGCAGCCUCUGCAUCCAGAUGUGUUGAAUGAGGCGGAAGUAUUACAGGAUGCAGCAAUGGCUGGAAACUGGGAAUGCGUGAGCCUGUUGUUGGAAGCCAAUGCUGCCCCUGAUGGGAGGCACCCCCCUUUCUACACUCCAUUGCACUUAGGAGCUCGAAGCGGGCACAUUGAGAUCGUGCGACUCUUGCUGGACUCUCGGGCGGCCGUUGGCAAGCUCAAUCGGGAGUGUGGGAUGACGGCGCUGCAUGAAGCAGCAGGAAACGGUCACUGUGAAGUGGUUCAAGCGCUGCUUGAAGCCAGGGCGGACAAAGACUCAGUGACCUUAGAUCGUGGCGAGACGGCGUGCCAUUUGGCGGCAGCGGGCGGGCAUUCGGAAGUUGUGCGGCUCUUUCUGGUAGCUGGAAUUGAUGUGAACGUUUUGCAAGACGAUGAUGUGGUGGCAGCUUGGCUUGACCCCCGCUACCACCACUCCUACCAGCACCUCGAAUUGUUGCACCGACUUGUUGAUCUUGGCGCCAGCAUCGGCAAGGCUCACAACGAUGAGAUUGUAUCUGUGUACCUAGACCUAGCAGUUGGCAGUGGCCACCUGCAAGAUUUGCGGCUGUUACUCCAGGCUGGCGUAGGGGCAGAGGCGUCAGAAAGUGAGAAUCUCGCCCUACCAAUGGCCCAGCGAGUGGCAUCCGAACAUGGUUUUCUCGAAGUUGCGCAGGUGCUGGCCCAGGAAGGGUCUGAAAUAGGCAACAUUGAGGUGGAUGAGACCAUGUUACUGCAUUUGACAAGUACAGAUGACCGGGCAGAUUCUGUGCAGUUGCGGCUCAGGCCUCUGAGUCAGAAGGAUACGUCCCGGACACAUGGGACUACGUGUUUGCAUCGUGCUGCUGAGGAGGGCUACCUGGAAGUAUUGCGGCUGCUGUUGGAGGCAAGAGCAAACCAAGACAUGCUGACAAUGAACCAAGAGACACCCUUGCAGUUGGCUACUCGGAAGGGCCAUGGCCAGGUGGCGCAAGCUUUGCUUCGGCGCGAGAUGCAGCAGGCAAGACUGACCAGCCCGAGAGUGAGCUUACAAGUCUCGCUGAGCCUGGUCAGCUUGCUAGCCGCCGCUGCAUACCCGAAGAUGAUGCACGUUCCCUUCUGCAGCCAUGUUGUCGCGCGCGACUGGCGUCCUCCGGCCAGUGCCCAAUGCAAGAGGCGCCCACUGGACUGGGGAGCCCGCAUCGACUCCUUGCCUGCGCGCUGGACCCUGGCCUCCUGCGCCGUCCUCGCCUUCAGCUGCACAGGGCUCAAGCGCAGCGCGCGCCGCGCGGGAAAGGAGCGCUUCGGCCCGGCCGUAAAGGAGAGUCUGGAGAAUGCAUUUCAAGUCGCCCACCAGCUGGGUCACCUUGGCACGGGCGCGGCCGUGGGCACCGACCACCUGCUGGUCGGCAUGGCGGCAACACAGCAGAGCGCUGCAUCGCGCGCCCUGCGUGCCGUGGGCGUCACGGCGGAGGGCCUACAGGAGAAGCUGGCCGACCUGAAGCCACCAGCGUCCGAACUCAGCCAUGAUCCGCCCAAUGCCCUCCAAGCACUCACACCGCCGCUGGAGGCUGAGGCACUCUUCUACUUGCGACGUGCUUCAGGCAUGCUGAGAUGGCUGCCCACCGAACCGGGUAUGGAUCGGAUGCUGGGCACCGAGCACAUCAUGCUCGGUUUCCUGAGCAACGGCAGCCACGCAGCAGGGAAGCUCUUGCUAGCCUUCGACGGCGAAGGUUUUGAUCGUACUGUCGUGAAGUAUGACUCCGGUGCGGGAGGGGCCGCUUCCAACCCCCGGCGGGCAGCGCUGCGGAAGGCCCUCAUGGAGAUCGUCAACGAAGGUCGCGGCGACGCUGUUGCUGCAGAGCCCGCGCACACCGAGAGGCCCCAGGCGGCGUCUCCUUCUGGGGGCUCAGAGGGCCGACCCAUCGACCGCUUCGCACCCGACCUCACAGCCUUGGCCAAGGAUGGCCAGCUGGAUCCCUUCACCGGCCGCGAGCCGCUGCUCAGCCGGGUGGAGCGCGCCCUCGGCCGGCUACUGGACACUACCUCGUUUUAA